UUCUAAGUAAUAAGAAUGACGUGGUAUAGCACUUACGCGGUGUUUAAUUUUUAUUUUAAAUAAAUUUCCUUCACGUACUGUACGUUAUUGUACCGAAUUCUUUUUAAAAUUAAAUUAUUUUCUGUUUUAAGUUACAUUACUUACAGCCACGAUGUUUGACGGAUUUUUAGAUGAUAUAAAACGCAUGAAUAAACGACAAUUUCUCUAUCAAGUAUUAAGUUUUGGAAUGAUUGUUUCGUCCGCACUAAUGAUAUGGAAAGGUUUAAUGGUUUUUACUGGAAGUGAGAGUCCAAUUGUUGUUGUUUUAAGUGGUAGUAUGGAACCAGCCUUUCAUCGAGGUGAUCUAUUAUUCCUAACAAACUAUGAAGAAGAACCAGUUAGAGUUGGUGAAAUAGUUGUAUUUAAGAUUGAAGGACGUGAUAUUCCUAUUGUGCACAGGGUUUUAAAAUUACAUGAGAAAAAUAAUGGUACAAUUAAAUUUUUAACCAAAGGUGACAACAAUAGUGUAGAUGAUAGAGGAUUGUAUGCACCUGGUCAACAGUGGCUAGAAAAAUCAGAUAUGGUAGGCAGAGCCAGAGGAUUUUUACCAUAUGUUGGAAUGGUUACAAUUUUAAUGAACGAAUAUCCUAAAGUCAAAUUUGCUGUUUUAGCAUGUCUUGGACUAUAUGUACUUGUUCAUCGGGAAUAAAUCUUCGAUCAAUUUGAGCUGAUCCAAAGAAUAUGUGGAAUUAUUUUAAUUGUUAAUUUAAAAUUCAUGUGAUGUGUAUUGAUUGGUAGCUGCUGAGCAUUUCUUAUUCUUAAAUAUUUUUUUUGUUAUUCAAUUAUUAAAUGCAGAUUAUGAUAUUUUUUUCGAUCUAGCCAA